AUGUCUGGUGUUCAUUCCGGCGUACAGAAGCGUAUUAAGGACGUGAAUCCACAGGCCCAGUUUGUUGCUUGUACCAACCAUUCAUUGAAUCUAGUUGGAGUCCAUGCUGCUUCUAUUUCUAUUGAUUCGGUUACGUUUUUUGGAACAUUGGAACGUAUUUACGCGUUCUUUUCUUCCUCCUCUCAUCGGUGGACAGCCUUGUUGGAAAAAACCGGUCGUGGCGUAAAACGGCUAGUGGAAACACACUCGUCUUCGAGAGAAAAAGCGACAAGUGUAAUCAAGAACAACUUCGAAGAUAUACUCGACGUACUGGAAUCUCUUUCACAGUUUUCGUCAGAAAAUGCAUCUACCAGGUCCGACGCCGGUAUUCCGUAUAACGCAAUGCAAAAAACGUUGCCAUUUAUGUCCUACCUUGGGUUAUGGAGUGCGAUCUUGCCCGAAAUGAAUUCGGCUCAAGUCUACCUGCAAGGAAAAGGUCGAAACCUACACGACUGCGUUGUCAAAAUUCUUGCUUUGAAAACCUGGCUAGUAGAGAAACGUGAGGAUUUGGUUACUGGCGGUUCAGAAUACGCGAGAAAGAUAUGUGAAAAACUUUGCAUUGAUUUGGCACCUCGCAGAAUUUGUAGAAGAAAGAGGAUGGACGAUGGCAAUCCUGUUCCUAUUGAACCUGAACCUGUUCUAACUUUUGAACAGAAGCUUGAACUGCAGCUAUACAAGUCCGUCGAUAAAAUCAUCGAAGAAAUUACCUCGAGAUUUAAGCAACUCCAAGAGCUAGAUAACAAGUUUUCUCUUCUAACACCGUCUAACCUACUGGAUCCGAACUUCGCCUGUGACCUGCAACAUGCGCCUUCGGAUAUCGAUCAGGACGAAUUCCGAAUUGAAAGGGAGAGGCUACGGCAUUUUGUUGAAGCUGGCAAUGAAGCAGAAGCUUUGAAAUUGCAAGGACCUUUGGAAUUACUGCAAUUUAUACAGCAAUUUGGUCUGGCCGAUUCUGUUCCGAACAAUGUGGUUUACUUGAGGAUAUUCUUAACCCUGGCCAUCAGCGUUGCAACUUGCGAACGCAGUUUUUCGAAAUUGAAACUGAUUAAGGACUACCUUCGUUCAGCCAUGAGUCAACUUAGAUUAUCAAACUUGGCUAUUCUCUCCAUCGAACACGAGCUCACCAACGCAAUAGAUUUCAACGCUGCAAUGGACGAGAUCGCAGUCUUGAAAGCUCGGAAAAUGAAGUUCUGA